AUGAGACUUCAGUUGUCUAAGCUUGCAGUCAUAAUCAGCUUCUAUGUUUACACUAUCGCUGCGACAAAUCGCUCGAGGAGCUUUGUGUGUGGAAAAAGGUACUUCGCUGCCGAGGUAGUAUCAAAAUCUCUUGAAAAUGCUUGCCUAGCCUUAAAAUGCUCGGAUGUCUCAUGUAGAUUCACAGCAGCAUUUGACGGCUCUAAGCUUUUCGGCAUACAGGAUGCAGCUCUCUUUUCCGUACCAACAACAGUAUGUUAUGGUCAUCAAUACGCGGGGGGAAAUUUACUUCACCGUAAAAACAGUGCGAAUCGCGUGAAUUCCCGAAUUGUGAUAGAUUCUAUGUGCAAUUUAGUUGGACUCGUCUACCGCAGUAAAAGCUCUUACUAUCGUUGUGAGGAAACUAUUGAUUCAUAUCAUGGAUCGACAGUCAUAUCCGAAAACGAGUCCAAAAUUUCAACAAAAAAUUUUGCUUACAGAUGUAACGGCAAGGUAUUUUUGUAUCAGGAUAUUUUAAGCUCUUAUGAAUUUCUAAAAGAGAAACUAUCUUCCUCAGCAGAGACAAAAGCUAGAGUAAACACCAUUAAGAUUAAUUCACCUCAGUUUGGUGGCAAUGAGAUUUAUCUUUGGUCUAUUUACGGCGAAGGAGACGUGAGAAAAUAUGAGUGCAAGAAUGCGGGUCCAUACCGUAUCGCAGUGAAUAAAGCUAAAGAUAUACUCGGUCUAGCGUUUAGAAACAAGGCUAAUUGGUUCCGUUGUAUUGAAAUGCAAUCGGUUGAUUCCAAACCUCCCAGAGCGAUUGAUGGCACAAAGAACUCAAUCGGAGAGGCCUUAUUCGACAAUAUAAGCCCAUUCAAAUGCGGUUACAAAACGUUCUCCGCCAUCACACUGAAUAGCCAUAUGCAGGCGGCUUGUAGGGUAAUACAAGAAGAUACUGAUAAAGCCAUGACCAGGGAUUUGUCGUUUCCCAUGCCAGAUCCAGCCGAAAAGGACGGAGAAGGAAGUACUCGAUUCUGGCCUAUCAGGCAGCUAGAAAAGGGUGACGAUAGAACAAGUCUCAAACGACGAAAUAUCUUUAUCAAACUAAAUUUCAGCUGCGAAUUCUUGGGCGUUUAUAUCCGUGUAGGUGACGAAUUUUUAGAAUGUCAAAAAUUAGGGACAUAUUUGCCAACAAACGAAUAA